AUGCCAGCCCAACCCGAUCGAGUAUUUUGUUGCGACGAGGUCGACACCUUUACUCCAUGCAGCAACGCUAGUGCUUUCAGAUUGCUUGUGAAUUUUGUGGAAUGGGCUUUGAAGAAUGAAGUAAAUUCGUCUCCAGCGCAAGGAGUCCAGGAGGACUAUGCGAAUGAUACGUGUUGGCAGAUGUGGGGAAAGGGCACAGCUCCCCGAUAUUUUCAGUCCACAGGGAACGGAUUUAUCGAGACCCAUAGUGCCCCGACUGUGGACUGGGUUAUCGAAACAUUUCCGAAGUUGCAGUGUCGCAGACAUGGCAAAGAGUAUUUUGUUGAUAUGGUAAGGAUAAAACCAGAGAUACCGCAAUCCAUCCGCCGCUUGAAAGAACAACGAUGGGCGCCCCGCCGCUCCAGAAGCGAUGUUUCCCCCAAAUCUCAGGCGAGUCAAUCAGAAUCUCCAUUCAAACCUACCGCCCAAAUCGCUAGUGGAUCUGGUUGCACUGAAUUUGCCAACUUGAAAAAUGAAAUCGACGACCUAAGAGUCGAGUCUAUCCCCAGUUUGCUCGAGGAUACCUGCUCUCUUAUUGAGCCCCAACCUCGUUUUGGCAAGCAUGAAGAGAGGACGAAGGAAACCGCGGAAAUGAUCAAAGAAUUCAAGGCAAAGGUGAAUGGCGCUGGGUCUUCGGGCUCCUCGCAGUGCGUUGCGGCCCUGAAGCAAAAUUUCCAAAUGAUUUCCGACCGUGUCGACGAGCUUGAAGGAAAGCUGAAAGUUACUACAACAAUUAUCAGUAACUUACAGACAAAGUUAGAUGACGCUGGGUCUUCCGCCUCCGCACACUGCAUUGCGGCCCUGAAUCCGACUUUACGAAAGAUUUCCGAUCACCUCGACAAGUUUGAUAAUAAUAUGGAAGAUACUGCAGGAAGUAGCUAUGAUUUAAAGGUAGAGGUAGAUGAUGCUAGGUCUUCCGCCUCCCCGGAGCGCAUUGAGGUCCUGAAACCCCUUUUGGAGAUAAUUGCACCUCAUAAUGGCAAAGUUGAUGGCAGUAAAAGCCGUCUAUUUGGAGCCAUGGCUUUUGAUACAAUGAACAGGAUUCUGAGAUCGGUUGGUAUUGAUGUUGAUGUGGACAUGCCAUCAGCAUGGAAGGAUUGCCUCACGCCCUUCGAGAUAUUCAACCUCAUUCUCGAUUGCAACUUUACCGACUCCGUGGAUAAAACGACCUAUGACGAUUGUGUGAAGCUGGCCGAUGCUUGCAAAUCGCUUUCCCUGUCCGGAUUCAACAAUCGAGGUAGUCUGGUCCGCGUGCUAGAAGAGCUUUCUUGGCAAGUUGGGGAUGAUCAGGACAUGCGUCUAUUAGUCGCUCGCGCUUUUGAGUGUGUCAAAAAGUUUGUGCAAUGCACAGAGAUGUUGAACGAAGAGAGCCAGUCAGAGAGCGAAAUUUGGACUUCAGCAGUUAGCGAGGCGGAGCGAUAUGAUCCCUCGGUUGGCUGGGAACACGUGGAUUCAGAUGGUGAUUUUGCUGAGGAAGGGGAAUAUUGA